AUGGCUGCAGGCGCGAAAGACAGGUCGCAAGUGCACAAAGUCGCUCUCCUGGGCUCAUCCAAGACAGUCGCCGAAUUCUUCGAGUACUCAAUCAAUACAAUCCUCUUCCAACGGGGCGUUUAUCCCGCCGAAGACUUCUCCGCUGUCAAGAAAUAUGGACUCAACAUGCUGGUGUCCUCCGACGACCAGGUCCGCUCAUACAUCAAGAAGAUCAUGUCACAGCUGAACAAAUGGAUGCGGCACGGCAAGAUAUCAAAACUGGUGGUGGUCAUAACCAGUCGCGAAACGGGCGAGCAUGUUGAGCGGUGGCAGUUCGACGUGAACGUCUUCGACAAGAACUCCAAGCAGAGGUCAUCAAGACGGACGGCAGACAAGGAGAACGAGAACCCCCAAGCACCCGCUGUGGCAGAGCCAGAGACCGAGAAGUCGGAAUCGCAGAUUCAAGAGGAGAUCCAGGCUAUAUUCCGACAGAUCACAGCCUCGGUCACUUUCUUGCCCGUGCUGGAUGGGAACUGCACAUUCAACGUCUUGGUCUAUGCUGAUGCCGACUCUGACGUACCAAUGGAAUGGGGCGACAGCGAUGCGAAGGAGAUCAAGGAUGGCGAGAAGGUCAAGCUGAGGAGCUUCAGCACAGCCAACCAUCAGGUCGAUACAAUGGUCAGCUACCGUCUCAUGGACUGA